AUGCCAUUGAAUCCCACAGGCAGGGACUUGGACGAGAUGAGUAGCAUGCCAUUGGAGCAGGCAUGCAAGCCUGACAAGAUGGACCUGGCUGCCAAAAGUACUAGCAUUUCAACUUCCAAUCCAUCUCAUGAUUUGAAGAAGUUGAGCCAAGUGCCGAAAAGGAAUUCCAAUCCAGGUCGUGUUUCACCAUGUGAACCUUUAAUUGUAGAUCCAAAUUCCCAAAUUAAUUUGACUUCCACUCAUAUGGCAUCAGCUGAUUCCCAAAAAACUGAUGGAAUGACAAUGACCGGAGGAAUUCCAUGCCCAUUGCCUAGCCCAAAUAGAGCUCCAAAUUUGGAUAACCUGACUGCCACAACCCUAAGUGGACCAUUGGCAAUAUCAUCCAACUCAAGUACUGGUAAUGCUGUGAGUAGCCAAUCAAGCAACAAUCCCAGCCGGGGGAGUGUCAACAGCAACCGUAGUAACAGUAUGGACAGUUCAUGUAUACCCCUCAGGCCCCACACUGGUGGCGAUGUUAGGUGGGAUGCCAUUAACUCGGCAUCUUCAAGAGAUUCUCCACUUGAUCUUAGCAAUUUUCGGCUCUUGAAGCGGCUUGGUUAUGGAGAUAUUGGAAGUGUCUAUCUUGUUGAACUAAGAGGAACUAAUGCUUUCUUUGCCAUGAAAGUCAUGGAUAAAGGUUCUCUUGCAAGUAGAAAUAAGCUACUUCGAGCUCAAACUGAAAGAGAGAUUCUUGGUCUUCUUGACCACCCAUUCUUACCUACCUUAUACUCUUACUUUGAGACUGAAAAAUUUUAUUGCUUGGUGAUGGAGUUCUGUAGUGGAGGUAAUCUUCAUAAUCUUAGGCAAAAGCAGCCCAACAAGCAUUUCACAGAGGAAGCUGCUCGGUUUUAUGUAUCAGAGGUCUUGUUGGCACUUGAAUAUCUUCAUAUGCUUGGAAUUGUGUAUAGGGAUCUAAAGCCAGAAAAUGUUCUAGUGAGAGAAGAGGGUCAUAUCAUGCUCUCUGACUUUGACCUAUCUCUUCGUUGCUCCGUCAGUCCGACACUUGUUAAGUCUUCAUCAGUACAUUCUGGAAAUCCGAAUGGUAGUGUUGCUGGUAUCUUAGACGAUGAAAAUGCCGUGCGUGGUUGUAUUCAGCCAUCCACUUUUUUCCCUCGCCUUCUUCCUACCAAAAAGAAUCGCAAAUCUAAAUCCGAUUUUGGUCUCAAUAACAAUACAAACUCACUCCCUGAACUAAUGGCCGAGCCAACUAAUGUGCGUUCCAUGUCUUUUGUUGGGACGCACGAAUAUCUAGCCCCAGAGAUCAUUCGGGGAGAGGGUCAUGGUAGUGCAGUGGAUUGGUGGACAUUUGGCAUUUUCAUAUAUGAGCUCUUACAUGGAACAACACCAUUCAAGGGUUCUGGAAAUCGUGCUACUCUGUUUAACGUAGUUGGACAACCAUUAAGAUUCCCAGAAACUCCUCAGGUAAGUUCUAUGGCACGGGAUCUUAUAAGAGGGCUCCUGGUGAAGGAACCGCAGAAGAGAAUUGCAUAUAAGAGGGGAGCUACGGAAAUAAAACAGCACCCGUUCUUUGAGGGGGUGAACUGGGCAUUAGUGAGAAGUGCCAUGCCUCCCUGCAUACCCGAGCCUGUAGACUUUUUGCAGUUUGCUAGUAAAGACUCUGCCAAUUCAGACAAGAAGAUGGCAGAGAUUGGCAAUGAUAGGAGCAAGAAUAGCUCGACUGAUAGUUCUUACGUCGAUUUUGAGUACUUUUAG